AUGAAGGUCAUCAUCGCUGGCGCCACAGGCACCGCCGGCCGAGGCAUUACGCAAGUCUGCCUGGCCGAUCCCCGCGUGACCAAAAUCCUCAUCCUCACACGACGCCAACCAAGCAAAGAGGUGGCCUCCCACAAGAAGGUCGAGGUCAUUAUCCACGAAGACUUCUCCACAUGGCCCGCGUCGGUUCUUGAGAAGCUCGAGGGCGCGGAAGCGUGUCUCUGGGCUGUUGGCGGGCGCGUGGACCAGUUUGGCGAUGAUGCGGCCCUCGCGCGCAAAGUAGGCGUAGACUACACCCUGGCAGCUGCAAAGGCGAUGCGCAACCAUCUCGUCGCGCAUUUGCCCACAGACCUGCCCCUCAAACAGCCAUUUCGCUUCGUCUUUUGCAGCGGCAUGCUGGCCGAGUGGGACCAGGAGCGCAAGCUAUGGUUCCUCAACGACACGCGCAAGAUCAAGGGCGCUGUCGAAAAGGGCCUCUGUGAAUUGGCCGACGAGGAGGGGCACCAAGAGUUCGAAGUGUUCAUCGCGCGACCCAGUCAUCUGCUAGCGCCCGAGGCGUCGCUCUUGAUGAAGAUGGCGAGUCCGUUUGUGUUUGGUAUCAAAACCGAGCAGGUCGGGAGGGCGAUGCUGAAGAUGGCGGCGGAUGGCUGGGAAGACAGGAUUGUCCUUACCUACAAGCUGCAGAAGAUGUGA